AUGCACUGCAAUAAUUUACAGGAUGAAUUUUCAUUCGGAGAUGUCUCGAUACUUGUUACACAUGAUCACAUCCUCUCAUCGCAGUGCAGACAUCCAGAAACAGCAACCGGAUCUCAUGAAUACUGUCAGGUAUGCGAAUAUGGCAGAAGUCUGGAGCUACCCCAGCUACCAGAAAUGGUAUUUCCAAAUAAUUCGGUGAUUAUAGCUUGCCAAGACCAGCCACAGUUAAGAAUUGGUUUCAAUGCUCUUGACGCGCUGAAACUCGUCAAUGUCGUUUCCUUUCCUGAUUUAGAAGUAGGGCCAAGUAAGAAGUGGCGAGAGUCAAGAAAUAUGAGUCAGCUGGAGCGGAGUGGUCGGCCAUUUGACUGGACAUACACAAGUAAUUACAAAGGAACUGUUAGUGGAUUCAAAGUUGUGCCAACAAGUGACAGGAUUUCAGUAGAAAAACUUAAGCGUCGCGACCCAAUCAAUUUUUAUUCGGAACUGAUCUUUGUACGCUUACGAGUUAUGCCGACAUGUUUAUUUCUUCUCUGUCGUUUUUAUCUUCGCGUGGAUGAUGUGUUAGUUCGUAUCUGUGAUACAAGGCUGUAUAAGGAAAUUGAGUCAAACAGCACCCUACUGAGGCAGUGGACACGACGUGAAAUGAAGCUUGCUGACUCUCCACAUGUGGUGCGAAGUAAUGCGUACAGUCCAAGUGCCGUUUACGAUCAUCUGCCAACAGUUGAAGAAGAAAUCACCAAACUUGUUCGCCCAGAACUCAUUACUUUGGAUUCAUAG